GGUAAUUGUUGCUCUCGAGUGAACGCCGGGUGCUUCCUGGCUCCUCUCACUCGUUGCUCAUGUCUGUAUUAUGCAGACGCCUGCUUUCCGAAGCAGGGCUUGGCAAGAAGAGAGAAGAGAUUUGACCCUGUUGGAAGCGUUAGCUGUGGGCUCUGUGGAUGCUCUGCUGUGACAGAGGGCCGAGGGCUGACCGAGUCGUCGGGAGGAUUUGUAUGUAGGAAGAGAGGAGAUGGCUGUGCAGCGUGCUCCUGAAUCUGCUCUGAGCUUGCUGAUGAUGACGGAGGGUCGCAGAUGCCAAGUGCACCUCCUUGAUGACAGGAAGCUGGAGCUCCUCGUUCAGCCAAAGCUUUUGGCCAAGGAGUUGCUUGACUUGGUUGCAUCUCAUUUCAACCUGAAGGAGAAGGAGUACUUUGGAAUUGCAUUCACUGAUGAAACGGGACACCUGAACUGGCUUCAGCUGGACCGCCGGGUGCUGGAACAUGACUUUCCCAAGAAGUCAGGACCAGUUGUUUUGUACUUCUGUGUUAGGUUCUACAUUGAAAGCAUCUCCUAUCUGAAGGACAAUGCCACUAUUGAGCUGUUUUUCUUGAACGCCAAGUCCUGCAUCUAUAAGGAACUCAUUGAGGUUGACAGUGAAGUGGUGUUUGAACUGGCUGCAUAUAUCUUGCAGGAGGCAAAGGGAGAUUUUUCAAGCAAUGAAGUUGUAAGAAAUGAAUUAAAGAAGCUGCCGGCCCUUCCAACACCAGCACUGAAGGAACAUCCUUCCCUAGCUUACUGUGAGGAUCGAGUCAUUGAACAUUACAAGAAACUAAAUGGUCAGACAAGAGGUCAGGCAAUUGUGAACUACAUGAGCAUUGUAGAAUCCCUCCCAACAUAUGGAGUGCAUUAUUACGCAGUAAAGGACAAGCAGGGAAUUCCUUGGUGGUUAGGACUUAGCUACAAGGGGAUUUUUCAAUAUGACUACCAUGACAAAGUGAAACCAAGAAAGAUCUUUCAAUGGAGGCAGCUGGAGAACCUCUAUUUCCGCGAGAAGAAGUUCUCAGUGGAGGUGCACGACCCGCGCAGGGCAUCUGUGACCAGGAGGACUUUUGGGCAUAGUGGCAUUGCAGUGCAUACGUGGUACGCCUGUCCAGCACUAAUAAAGUCUAUCUGGGCUAUGGCCAUUAGUCAGCAUCAGUUCUACCUGGACAGAAAACAAAGCAAGUCCAAGAUUCAUGCUGCAAGAAGCCUGAGUGAGAUUGCAAUUGACCUGACCGAAACUGGAACGCUCAAGACCUCAAAACUGGCCAACAUGGGGAGUAAAGGCAAAAUUAUCAGUGGCAGCAGUGGAAGUCUUCUCUCAUCAGGUUCCCAAGAGUCAGAUAGUUCCCAGUCUGCCAAGAAAGACAUGCUGGCUGCACUGAAAUCCAGGCAAGAAGCUUUGGAAGAGACCCUGCGCCAGCGCUUGGAAGAGCUGAAGAAGCUGUGUCUUCGAGAAGCGGAGCUCACAGGAAAGCUGCCACGAGAAUACCCCCUAGAUCCUGGGGAGGAGCCACCUAUUGUAAGGAGAAGAAUAGGAACUGCCUUUAAACUGGAUGAGCAGAAAAUCCUGCCUAAGGGAGAGGAGGCAGAGCUGGAGCGCCUGGAGAGAGAGUUUGCCAUUCAGUCCCAGAUCACAGAGGCUGCUCGGCGCCUGGCGAGCGACCCAAACGUCAGCAAAAAGCUGAAGAAGCAGAGGAAGACCUCCUACCUGAACGCCCUGAAGAAGCUGCAGGAGAUUGAAAACGCCAUCAAUGAGUACCGCAUCAAAUCCGGAAAGAAGCCAACCCAGAGAGCCUCCCUGAUCAUCGAUGAAGGAAACAUUGCCAGUGAAGACAGCUCCCUCUCAGAUGCCCUUGUUCUUGAGGAUGAAGAUUCUCAGGUCACCAGCACAAUAUCCCCUCUCCAGUCCCCACACAAAGGACUCCCUCCCAGGCCACCCUUGCACAACAGGCCUCCUCCUCCGCAGUCACUUGAAGGUCUUCGCCAAAUGCAUUACCACCGCAACGACUACGAUAAGUCCCCCAUCAAGCCCAAGAUGUGGAGUGAGUCAUCUUUGGAUGAGCCCUAUGAGAAAGUCAAGAAACGCUCCUCGCACAGUCACUCCAGCAGUCACAAGCGGUUCCCCAGCACCGGGAGCUGUGCUGAGGCAGGAGGGAGCAGCUCGCUGCAGAACAGCCCCAUCCGAAGCCUUCCGCACUGGAACUCCCAGUCCAGCAUGCCCUCCACACCGGACCUACGGGUACGCAGCCCGCACUACGUUCACUCCACGCGGUCAGUAGACAUCAGCCCAACCAGACUGCACAGCUUAGCUCAGCACUUUAGACACCGGAGCUCCAGUUUGGAGUCACAAGGCAAGCUCCUUGGCUCUGAAAAUGAAACAGGGAGCCCCGAUUUCUACACCCCAAGGACUCGUAGCAGUAAUGGCUCUGACCCCAUGGAUGACUGCUCUUCCUGCACCAGCCAUUCCAGCUCUGAGCACUACUACCCUGCUCAGAUGAACCCCAACUACUCCACCCUGGCAGAGGAUUCCCCGUCAAAAGCCAGAGAGCGACAGAGGCAAAGGCACAAAUCAGCAGGCAACCUGGUCUCUUCCAAUUCAGGGAGUAUGCCCAACCUGGCUGCCAGGAAUGGGACAGGGCACCACCGUGUCUACCUGCACAGCCAGAGCCAGCCCUCCUCCCAGUACAGGAUCAAAGAGUAUCCCCUGUACAUCGAAGGCAGUUCUACGCCCGUGGUGGUGCGGAGCCUAGAGAACGACCAGGAAGGGCACUACAGCGUCAAAGCACAAUUCAAAACCUCCAACUCCUACACGGCAGGGGGGAUGUUUAAGGAGAACUGGCACGGGGAUGAAGUGGACUCCGUCAGGCUCACCCCCUCCCGCUCCCAAAUCAUAAGGACUCCAUCUCUGGGCAGGGAAGGCCAUGAGAAAGGCUCGGGCAGGACUGCGGUGUCAGACGAGCUGCGGCUCUGGUACCAGCGGUCCACGGCCUCCCACAAGGAGCACAGCCGCCUGUCGCACACGAGCUCCACCUCCUCGGACAGCAGCUCCCAGUACAGCACAUCCUCGCAAAGCACCUUUGUGGCGCACAGCCGGGUCACGAGAAUGCCUCCCAUGUGUAAAGCAACAUCAGCUGCCUUACCUCACAGCCAGAGGAGUUCAACACCUUCAAGUGAGCUGGCAGCCACGCCACCAGGCAGUCCCCACCACCUUCUCACGUGGCAGACUGGAACCUACAAUGAUAGCUGUUUCCUGGAUUCUCCCCUCUAUCCAGAAUUAGCAGACGUCCAGUGGUAUGGGCAGGAAAAAGCCAAGCCUGGGACUCUAGUGUGAACCCCUGACCUCAAGUUAAUCACAUCAAUGCCAUUCUGAGAUCACCUCACUGCCUCUCAUUUGCCUUACCCAGAUGCACUGUCACCCAGCACCAGCUUCAGCUCUAAGCACUUUUCUCACAAUGCAAUUCAAGGCAACAUUUACAGAACGCUGGCCCCGAGACAUCCACCACGGCCUGCAGCACAGGCUGCUGCAGGGCCCUCCCACAGCCUGCAGGGCAGCCGUGCAGAUGGGCAGCCACCUCUGCAGCCAGACAGCAAGUCAAACGUUUCAUUCCUUUGAAACAGGGGAAGCUUUUCAAGGCUACAACAAAGCUAAUUGUUCCACGGCAUGUAACAGCAGUAAGAGUUCCAUGACCUGCGAUCUGAAGCCAACAGAGCAUUCAUUUAAAAGGGGGGGGAGGGCGAUUAAAACAGGACAGAGGCUAAGGAAAUAACGUCUUAGCCCUGAAACAGUAAAAUCCCAUCACUUCAGAGAUGUGUCAGUCUCACAAUGAGACCUGCACUGCCAAAGAUCGCCACACAUCAUUGUCAGGAUGACUUUGUUCUGCAAGUUCUAGCCACAAGAACCUCUCUCAUUUAACUUAACAGCAGACUCGACCACCUCCUGUAAAACAGCAUUUCCUUCUUUGCUUUGAGCCCACCUACAAGCAAGUAAAACAACCCACCGUACUGAAAAACACCCUGGAUGUCUGGGCUGGUAUCACAGCAUCUCUGUCUACAGGCUACUAUUAAACUGGACAAACAAGGUUUACAAUGGCAUUAUCUAAACAGGGGCAAGUACUGACAGCAGCCCUGUGGCUGACACAGGUGGCACACAGAGAGGUUGAGGUCACAUUGGCUGCUUUUUAGUAGUCUGAUGAAGACAGAAAUUGCCAAACCUCCUUUCUACAAGCAGAGAGAGCCAAUAAAUUCUGAGUUCUGCACAGAGCGUUAAGGUGAAGUCCAAGGGAAAGCACAUGGCACAGUGAAGCUGCAUCACCAUAUCUGUUCACUCAUCUUCCCUCCCUUAGCACCAGUGUAGCAAAGGGCUGGUCAGGGCACAGGCUGUGUGGGAGAACCGGUCUGUCAGGAAGGAAAGGCUCCUCGACAAGCAAGCAGCCACCAGGAGUGAAAGAGAAGCAGCAGAGUGAGGCGUUGGACACGAACGAGAGCUGCCUGCGGACACCAAAAGGGAUGGUAUGAGAGUCACGGAAGGAGCUGCAAGUUUACACUUACUUUUGAGCAAUGCUUUAUACAUGUCAAGCCAUGGAACUUUAAAAGGCCUCAAAGACACUUUUGUACCAAACAAGUGCACAACCUAGGUGGAUGUUGAAGCUGGCACGCCUAGCCUUCACUGCGGUGCUAUGCUGUUUUUAUUGCCACUAGAUGGGGGAGGUGCCCAGCCUUCCCCCGUUUGUGCGUGCAAACGAUGAUUUCCUAUGGGAAAGGCAUUAAAAGGAACGGCCGGAGGGGGGUUACGCUGUGAAAAGCAGAAACUGAAGUUAGCGAUAGUUUAAGACAAAAAAGAGAAGGAAACCCAGUGUGAGAGUGUGUGUGUGUGUGUUCCAAGAGUAACAACAGCGUCUACCAGACAAAGUAGGGCAAAACAAAACACUGACAAUUAAACACCACGACUUGGGGGCUGCCAGACCUUUUGGUAUUCAGAUUGCCAGAAAACUGCAUUCCAGGUUGUGAGAGAGAAUGAGCAAUCAGGCUGGGAAGGACCAUGGGCUUUCUAACACUUAGGCGAGUGGCCCACGCCUUCCACAACACAUUCUAGGAACGUUUGCUUUGGUUCCCUGUGCCCACCUGCUGAGCUCUGUCUGACAUCCUUGGCAUGGCAGGGAGGUGGCCUUAGGAAGAUGAGGACAGCAAAGCAAAGGCUGCUGUUUGUCCAGGGAAAUGCACAGCAGAGCAAGGAGGGAAACCCUUUCAUGUUCACACACGUGAAGGGAAAAGGAAAAGGUGCAUCCUUUUGUAUACUGGCAAGGGGCUUUUGCAGGUAGCCACACAAAUCUCCUGCUCCUGGACCUCCAGGUCCACCUGGAGGAGAAAGCACCACAGGAGUACCAACCCCUCUGACAGUACCUGAAGCCUUGUAACCAACCGACUGCUGGAAGGACCAAGAGCGGCAAGAUUGCGCCCUGUAUCUGGAGGUGCGAGACGCUGUUUUCACCAUCUCUUUGUGCUCUGCGGUCUUCCAUAGGGGAAUUAUUUCAAGCUUCUAAUUGGAUUCUUAGCUGGAUAAGAGACAGCACUGAUUAGCGACAUUUACUGAUAAGAUUGGGUAGCUAAAUUGAAAGGAUUAAGGCCCAACCAAAUUAAGCAGGAGCAAGUAAUUUAGCCCACGGAUUUUUAGGGGCUCUGAGCAACUGUCUGUUUUCUUUUUAAUUUCCCUGGUAAGUGGUUUUGGGUUGUUUGGUUUAGUUGGUUUGUUGUUUGGGGUUGUUUUGUUCCUGUGUACCUUCUUUAAUUAAAAAGAAUUCAACAACAGCGGCACUAUGAGGCCUCUGGGCACUACAGGAAGAAAUAUUAAUUCCUCCAAGAUCAGACCUGCAGUUUUGCAGCAAAGGUUAAAAGGUGGCAGCCCUGAAAUUGGUGGCCGGGGAGGGGGGAAACAAACAAUAACUGGUUAGCCUGAAGUGCAAACAGGCUGGAGUAGAGGAAAAAAGCUUUCUGGAAACGGAUUGAGUUUGGCUUUUGUGUUCUGCUUUUCUGUUCUGCAAUCAAGGCACAGGUGAGCAGCCAGUCUGGUAGUAAAGACAGAUUAAGUAAAACAGGUUUUACUGUUUAGCUCAAUUCAAUUAAACACAAAUGUACAUAAAAUGUUAAUCAUGUGAGAUUAACAUAUUUAAGUAUAAGGUGGAGGGGUAUAUACAUAGCUAUUCUAGACAAGCACUUGACUACCAACUUCACCCCUCCUGGACUUUUUUAUUUUCCAAGGCUUCAUCUGCCACCGUGGUGUUCUCAGUCCUGCCUCUGUCCAGCCAGGAGCCAGGGCUGGGAGGCAGGGUUUAUUUUUUAAUGCUGUUAUAUGCAGUCGAGUGUUGAAAAUGUUGAACCAGUCCAAUUUGUUUUCACUCUGUAUUAGUUUUAGUUUCAGGCAUAGCCAAUCCCCAUUCAGGUGCUAUCAGAUGACCAGUUACUGCUUAGUUAACUAGAUGUAAAGUUUUACAUAUAUAUUAAUGUCAAUAGUUUUAUUACAAGUUGUGUAAAAUGGACUCUCUAGUUUAAAGAACAAAAAAAAAGAGGGGGGAAAAAUAGGUCUCUCCUGAAAUUGAUUUUAGAGCAUGGAAAAUGAUUUUACUGGAUUCUGUUCAGCUGUAAUCAAGGAAAAAGAAAAAAGAUGUAUGUUGUAGAAAACAGUGCAGAAUUAAGAAAGAUCUGCUUUUAAUUUAUUCUUUUUGUAUUAAGAAUUUGUAUAGUUACCUUUACAUUUUGCAAAACGGUGUUGUCAACACUUCCUUAUUAAAGCAUUUUCAAAAUGAA